AUGCCGGUUGACAAAGCCUUCAUUCUGAGCCAGCGGCCGUUCGGUUUUCUCGCCUUCUUCAGCCGAUGGCUGCGGGCGUUCACAGCCAGGCUCUCGGGGAGGCAGAACUAUCGACCCCUAGCGGAACCGGAAUCCACGCAGGAACACCCAAUUUCAGUGGUCUGCAUAUCCGACACACAUAACUGGCAACCAGAACUGCCAGAUGGUGACAUCCUCCUGCACGCCGGUGAUUUGACCGUCAACGGCACAUUCGAAGAGCUCCAGGCUCAGCUUACAUGGCUAUCCGCUCAACCACACACAUAUAAAAUUCUCGUCGCUGGGGAACACGAUGUCCUUUUGGACCCUCCCUUUGCUCAGCGCAAUCCGGACAGGUAUCCUUCCGUGCCAGGACGAACCGUCUGUGACCUGAACUUCGGCAGCGUCAUCUACCUCCGAGACUCUUCCGUCACACUACAGUUUCCAGAGCACGGAAACGGACGCGAAGUCGCAAUCCAUGGCUCACCAUCUAUAUCGUCCAGCUCGCGUGUAGGAGCAUUCCAUGUUCCCCGGGGCACGGAUGUAUGGACAAGAGCAGUACCAGAAGGAACCGACGUCUUGUUGACCCACGAACCGCCAUCGAAACACCUGGACGGCGAUCUCCAGAGCGGCUGUGCUUUCUUAGGCCAGGAGAUAGAACGAGUAAAACCUCGUCUUGUGGUAUUUGGCCACGUUCAUGACGGAUAUGGUGUGAAAACCACCAACUUCGAUGAGAAAGUCGUCCCAGUCGAGGAAGAGGCGACUAACCGCCAGCGAAAGGGGUGGGGACCACUUCUCAGGGCCACAUGGGAACAGGCUGGCCAUCUAUUUGAAUAUAUCUUCCCGGCAGUAGCUUCUUCACCCACUCCAGAAGUCGAAAAGCCCAAGCCUGCCGUUACCACCUUCGUCAACGCCUGUCUUAUAGGCGAUCUCCUUGACGGGAACGAUAACAUUAACGAACCUAUAGUGACCCAUAUAUAA